GUAACACAUCCAUGAGGCGUGAAAGACUACGGUGGCAAUCAUGUGGUUCUCCUGAGAUAGCACUAACCCACUCCGACGUAUAUAUCCUUAGGCUUUUUAAACUAUAAGUAUAGUCUCAACACUGCACACAUCGAGGGUAGUGAGCCAAGAUGCGUCCCCACAGUCAGCCCCUCCUACCACCAGGGGUUGAUUCUAAUGAUUACAUUCCCAAUGAACACGCUACCACCCCCGAACCGUACGUACAGGCUACCCCGCAUACUGCCUAUGGUACAGGACCAUACAAAUCUGGCUCUUAUGUGUCUAAUGAUGCUAUUGGUAUGACUACACACGUACGGCCACAAGGACAACCAUUCUCACACAUACAGCAGAAUACUUCCGUGAACAUUGUAGCGUCUACAUUGAGUGUAUCUGCUAGUAAUAUAAACCCUGUGCGCACCGUUGUGCCUGCGCAACCUAUGAAUGCAGGUACAUCGAUAGCCGAGGCUCAGCAGAUGAGAAGAUUGAGAGUUAGGGAGUUUAUGAAUAAGAACAAAGUACACAAGCCGGUAAGUGUUGGAUGGAGUGUGCACGACUUGAUUUAA